UGGCUCUCAUACGAUAUGCUAUUGUUCAGCAUGUAACUAAUAAAAUGGUGCGCACGCAAUGAUUUACAACUAUGCAUCCCUCCGUCCACGAGAGUGCAGGCUUUCACUGCCAAGACCUUACAGCUGACAGCGCAAUGAGCCGCUCGAAAAGAGGGAGACACGUCGCUUUUGGUGCUCGAGCAAGAAGUUAAAUCGACCGUAUGCGUGAAACCGACAUGAGAUACGUAGCAAAAUAAAUCUGGAUUAUGAGGAAAUGACCUGAACUGUGCAACAACAAGAAGAUGAUGGUGAUGACGGAGAGAAUCGGUGCGAUUCGGCUUUACCUUAUGAAAUGGAUUUGUCUACGCUGGGCUUGGGUUUGUGUGGCUGCCUGUGGCGGUAAGGUGGAGUUACACACUGAGAGGAGAGGAGUGAUCUACAGCCCAUCAUGGCCCCUCAACUACCCAGCCGGAGUGAAUUGCAGCUGGAAUAUACAGGGAAGCCGUGGAGAUGUGAUCACAAUAAGUUUUCAGAGCUUUGAUGUGGAGGACACGGGGGACUGCAGGGGGGACUGGCUGCUGCUCGGCCCCACAUGGAAAGCUGACUAUCGGUUCUGUGGCUCAGUUCUUCCUCCUCCCUUCAUUUCCUCCAGAGGACGAGUCUGGGUCUACUUCCACUCUCAGGCCAACAGCUCCGGUCAGGCACAGGGCUUCAGACUGUCUUAUAUACGAGGUCGACUGGGUCAAAGUAGUUGUGAGAACGAUGAAUAUUUAUGUGGAAACGGUAAGUGCGUUCCACGUUCCUGGCGCUGUAAUGGAUUGGAUGAGUGCGGAGACAAUACAGACGAAAGGAUCUGUGCCGCCCCACCCACACCCGCCCGGGUGAGUCUGUGUCCGCCAGGCACCUUGCAGUGCUCUGAUAUCCAAUCUACCCGCUGUCUUCCGGUGUCUCUACGUUGUAACGGAGCCCGGGACUGCCCUGAUGGAUCCGACGAGGCCCACUGCCCCGACACUUCUUGUGGAAAACGCUUAGUCAACUUCUACGGGACAUUUGCUUCACCUGAUUUUUUCCGUCCAAACAGAAGCAGCGGCACAGAUCUUCACUGCAUGUGGUUCCUGGACACACAAGACCCAAAGCCGCUGGUGCUGCAGGUGGACCUACAGCUGGGUGUGGGAGACUCUGUGCGUGUUUACGAUGGUUUGGGAGAGCGAGCAGAACGUCUUCUGCAGAGUCUCUCCCACCAUAAUAACCACAGACGAGCCCUGCUGGAGUCUUCCCAGGGACAGAUGAGCAUCUUCUAUCAUGCUAAACCACACAGCCCUGGACACGGAUUCAAUGCCACAUACCAGGUUAAGGGGUACUGCUUUCCAGGUGAGCAUCCAUGUGGCACAGACGAGGGCUGUUACUCUGAGCUGCAGCGCUGUGAUGGCUACUGGCAUUGUCCUGGGGGGCGAGAUGAGGAGGACUGCCCGCUGUGCCAGCCGGGAGAGUAUCCCUGUGAGGGUGGCAGCGGGGCAUGUUACUCAGCUUCUGAGAGGUGUAACAACCAGAAGAAAUGCCCCGACGGCUCGGAUGAGAAAAACUGCUUUGUCUGCCAGCCUGGAAACUUCCACUGCGGAACCAACCUGUGCAUCUUUGAGACGUGGCGGUGCGACGGGCAAGAGGACUGUCUCGAUGGCAGUGAUGAAAGAGACUGUCUGGCAUCUGUGCCCAGGAAGGUGAUCACAGCGGCUCUAAUUGGCAGCUUGGUCUGCGGCCUGCUGCUGGUCAUUGCUCUGGGUUGUGCCUUUAAACUCUAUUCGCUCAGGACAAGAGAGUACAGAGCUUUUGAAACCCAGAUGACCCGACUAGAGGCGGAGUUUGUUCAGAGGGAGGCUCCACCCUCCUAUGGUCAACUGAUAGCUCAAGGUCUCAUACCUCCAGUGGAUGACUUUCCAGUCUACAACCCCACGCAGGCGUCUGUUCUGCAGAAUCUCCGUUCGGCUAUGCGGAGGCAGAUUCGCCGUCACUCCUCUCGUCGUUCCUCGUCACGGAGGCGGCUUGGUCGUCUGUGGAAUCGCCUGUUCCAUCGUGGCUCUCGGUUACGGGGUCAGAUCCCACUCCUCACGCCUCCGGGUCCCACACACACAAACACGCACUCCGAUCUGAGCCUCCACAGCUACAACACAGCGGACGAUGGCGGCGAGGAGUCGCGAGAGAGCGCGGGACAGACUCCGUCACCCUGUUCGACGGUGGCGCUGGGAUUGGCGCUGCAGGCUCACACUGAGGCCCUCUGCCUACCUGACAGAGAGUCUCCGGCCUCUCCUCUCUCUCUGCCCUCACCCAGCUCGCCCCGCUCCACCUCUGACACCCUGGAGGAUGAAGAUGAUGAAGAUGACAGAAGUUCAGAAGGGAUGAGAGCGAGACCCAAACAGGGCAUUUCCCCAAAACAUAAAGAUGCCGAUAGUCCUCCUGGACCCCCCGAUAGCCCCAAACGUAGCACGAGCCGGUCGAGAUCCUCCAGACGGCUGGUGCAGGAACUAGCUGCAGAGCUCAGAGGAGUCUCUCUCCUACGCUACACCUCUGUGGGCAUCUCGCCACUUUCUUCCCCAGAGUCACCAAUGUCCUCCAGCAGUCAGUCUGAGGAGCAGAGGAGCUUUCCUACAUUCAGAAAACCACACACAGACUCGCUUACAGAUGCUCACGGACACUCCAGGAAAUCAUCAGGAACGGAAGAUGUUCCCGGUGAUUGUGUCAGGCUUUGCAGACUCACAACUAGUGAGGAAGAGGAUGAUGAGAUUCUGUUAGUGCACUGAGAAGCCUUUAUCCACCCCCCUCCCCCCAUUCUGAUUUUGUGCCAACACAGUGAGCCUUACUAGGUUCAACCAACAGCCUUGCAUUUAGAGUCAUAAAGUAUGUUUACAUGCACAGCUGUAAUCAAGCUUUUUGCAAAGACGAGCUACAGUCUUCAUCUGACUGAAUAUAUGGCACAAUUUGAAUGCAGAUAUUUGAAGGAUUAAAUACCUUGUACGUUACCUCUGUCUUUUGGAGAAUGUCACAAUGCCAAGGCCAAUUGUAGUCUGAAUAACGUGUAUACAUGAAGCCGAACUCCAGUCACGCCUGGGUCUGUUAGUCCGACUUUGCAAAAACCAGACUGGUUCUAUUUCAGUCAGGCUAAAGCGUUUACAUUACAUUUUAAAAAGACAAAUUAUUGCUUUAGUUAGACUGAAAUUGAAGUGCAUGUAAACAUACAGUACCAUUCAAAGGUUUGGGGUCAGUUAGAUUGUUUUUUGUUUUUUAAGAAAUUGAUAUUUUAUUUAGCAAGGAUGCAUUGAAUUAAUCAAAAGUUACAAUAAAGACUUUUACAUUGUUACAAAAAAUGUCCAUUUAAAAAAAAAUGCUGUUCUAGAAUUGAAUGAAGAAGAAAAAAGCAGCAUAAUUGUUUUCAACAUUGAUAAUAAGAAAUGUUUCUUGAGCAGCAAAUCACAUAUUAGAGUGAUUUUUGAAGGAUCAUGUGACACAGAAGAGUAAUGAUGCUGAAAAUUCAGCUUUGCCAUCACAGGAAUAAAUUACAUUUUAAAAUAUAUUAUAAUAGAAAACAGUUAUUAUAAACUGUGAUAUUUCAUAAUAUUUACUGUAUUUUUGACCAAAUAAAUGCAGCCUUGUUGAGCAAGAAGAGACUUCUUUCAAAAUAUGCUAAAAAAUCUUACCAAUCCCAAACUUUUGAACAGUAGUGUACUUGAAAGUUUGGAGCCUUGUAGUCACAGAAUGUUUGCCCUGUCAGAGUAGAACACAGGAGAGUUGACCUCAGCUCAGACACUGCAGUUUUUUCUUUGGUCAUACUUGAUCAGAUUAUCUCACAGUUCAGCUCCAGCAUUCGGUAUGAUUGUUCACAUGCUAGAAAUCACCAAAAACCUUAUGAAUGUGGCUACAACACUAAAGCACACAUAUGUGCAUAGAUACUAUCCCUCAUGGAAUAUCAUGUCAAUAACACUGAACUUCAUUUGCUUGAAUCUCUACUUCUCAUCAAUAACAUUCAGCUAUGACCUUCAGAAACUCUGAAAAGGCUUCAGAGUUUCCUCUCACCUCCCCAACGCCUUAUAAGAGAUUCACCGUGUCGCCUACAAAGGGUAACAUUCCUGCACUCAUGUCAUGUUUAUCUGAACCAGACAGUUGUGUCAGAAUUAUGCUUUACACAUUCAGAUCUGAGUGAUUGUUGGUUGUGCUCUACGUUUGUUCAAAAGUUUGUGGUCAGUAAGGUUUUUUAAUGUUUUUGAAAAGUCUUUUAUGCUUACCAAGGCUGCAUUUAUUUGAUUAAAAAAAACUGUCAAUUUUUUUGUAACAUCAAUUUAAUGCAUCUAUGCUAAAUAAAAGGAUUCAUUUCUUUAAAAAAAAAAAAAAAAAAAAAAAAAAAAUCAUAUUGACCCCAAUCUUUUGAAUGGUAGUGUAAGAUUUUAUACACUCAGACUACUGGAGCUUUGUGCUCAUUUAGUGAUGAUCUAUAUCAGCUUUUUUGUAUUUAAGGUUUGUUUGUUAGUCUGGCCACCAGACUGUAAUAUCAUGGCAGGUCCAGCAAUGACAUGAGUUAUUGUUAAGCUUUUUCCCCAUGUAAAAGACCAAGUCUUUUCUUAAGGGAAGCAGAACUCAGGGAUUGUAAAAUGGUUAAUGAGAGAGAAGCAGUUAAUGUGAGUUUCCUUGUUAACAGCUGUAGUCUGAAGUUCUGAAGCAAUCAGGACAUCACAAAGUCAUGGGAAAAUGACUCAAUAUCACAUUUGUGUUUGAGCUCACACCAGUUUGUGUCUUUGUUUUUCAAUUUCAUUUGCAUUCAUGCAUUUGUCACUGGAGGCGCUUGUUUGCUAGUAAGAUUACGUUGCUGCCUUUUCCCUGAAUGUAUGUUCUGUGUUUUUAAAUGUAGUGCCACAUACUCUGUGAUAGCCAUACUUGCUGCUUUAGCACAUUUGGUCCUGGUCCAGAACUAAUCAAACUAAAAAGCUGGUCCCAUCUUUGAAGGGGUCAGUCUGUUCCUUCAUUCAUUCUCUCUGCUGGCCGACUGCUUGUUAUUUCUCACGUCUCCAUCCUCCUUGCUCAGACUGCAUGAUCUUUUGUCUGAUCCCAGAAGUUCAAGAAUGUGCCAUUUCAGAGAUUCACAGAUUUUAUACAGAUGCAAAUGAUGUUUUAUUACAUUGUAAAGCAUUUAGAUUCAGUGCCAUUAGGGAAGUCAUGCAUUUUCUGGGUUCAAUUAAAAUUGCUUAAAAAAAGUCCUGCUAAGAUACUUUACUUCCUUGCAGUAUCUGUGACUAUUUCUUUGACAUUUCUUAAAUAGUGUCCUGAAGAAUUCAAAUAAAAUUCAAUGGACAAGAUUAAUCAACAGAUACAGCCACAGUAAUGUCUUUGGGGUUAUUCGGCCAGCAGACCAGUGGUUCUCAACCUUUUUGACUCGGAGGCCAUCCAUUGUCCAACACAAUAUUUGAAGACCCCCAUUUUUUUAAUAACAAAAAGUAGUGUUGAAAUGUAAUUAAUCAAGAUUCAUUUUGUGUUUCCAGAAGUUUCAAGAACUGUUUGAGCUAGCAUAAAAACAAUAGGUAUUGAGGAGGGAAGAGAAUUAUGAUUUUGAUUUGUGUGUGUUUAGCAUUUUAACUAAAAUUAUUUAAGUUAAUUAUAUUAAAAUAACUUGUCAUCAUGCAGCCUCCUUGGAAGUUUAAUGGGGCCCCUGGUUGGGAACCACGGCCCUGGACUGACUCUUUUUUUUUUUUUUCUCAUUGCAGUCUAUGGUUACCUUUAACAUAUUUUGUAAAUAUAUUUAAAAAAUGUUCCCCUUCCAAACUGGUUAUGCUUUGAUGGAUUUCAUUUCCUGGAAAGAUGAAAAAUACUGUGUUUACUUGUACCUUGAAUUAAACGCACAUUUCUCCAUUAAAUAUUCAGACUAA